AUGGUCGAGACCUCCGCGCCCGAGUGCGCGAUCCAAAUCGCAGAGGCCGAGCAGCGUAGGCGGCCGAGUGUCGAGUUCAAACCGCUGACAAAUGGGCAGUUGCUGCUGAAAACGCGCCACUCCUCUGAGCAGCAACGGCGCGCCCUGCUCGACGACGCAGACGAUGACCAAGACGCGCGGAACGUCGCGGACGACGAGGACCCGGGCCGCGAGUGCUUCCUGUCCAGGUUUCUGGCGGCCAGUAUGACGCUGCUGGUCUGCUGCUUCAUCUACUUUGUCGUGGUGCAGCGCUGGUUCCUCCGGGGCUGA